CUAUCCACCGUGAGCACCCCACCACACCCUUCCACUCCAACCGCCGCCACCAAAUGUCAACCAAACCCAUCACCAACACCUUUUCGUACACCCACCACUCCAAUUUCUCACACCCACUCCAAUAAUAAUAACAACCUUUAUAAACCAAAACACCCACCACACACACCUCACAUACUUUCAUAAUGGCCACCCCAAACGACGCCGCUUCGCCCACCAAGAAGCCCCAACCCAUCCCCUGGACCCACCAAGAAACUGUCCACCUCAUCCGCGCCUACCAGGAGAAGUGGUACGCGCUCAAGCGCGGCCCGCUCCGCCACAACCAGUGGGAGGAGGUCGCCGUCGUCGUCGCCGCGCGCUGCGGCUACGACCUCGCGUACCCCGCCAAGUCCGCCCUCCAGUGCCGCCACAAGAUGGAGAAGCUCCGCCAGCGCCACCGCGCCGAGAAGAAACACGUCGCCGCCACGCUCCGUCCCGCCGCCUGGCAGUACAACGCUCUUAUGGAGGACCUCGAAUGCGGCCCCCUCCCCAUCUCCGCCCUCGCCCCGUUCCAAAACGACACCGAUUCAGAACCCGACGACGAAGGCGCUUAUCAGAACGGCAACGAUGGCGAUAGCUUUGUGAAGUCGAAGAGUAUUAACUGUAUUCUCGGCGAGAGGCCCGUGAGAAUGAGAAGCGGUGAAAGAGGGUUUUUGAGGGAGCAUGUUAGGGAAGAACGGGACGAGGUGGACGAUGGCGAUCGCGACGACGAUGACGACGUUUUGGCGUUGCCGGCGGAGAUUAGGGCUUUCGCUGAGAGGUUUGUUGGAAUGGAGAGUUUGAAGAUGGAGAUGAUGAAGGAAACUGAAAGGUGUAGGUUGGAGAUGGAGAAGAAGCGGAUCCAGAUGAUUCUGGACUCGCAGCGGAGGAUCGUUGAUUCCAUUGGGAGGGCGUUUGGGUCAAACAAGAGGAUCAAGAUUACUCAACAAAUCUGAAAAGAUUGUGAAAUAUAUAAUGAUCGAGAUAAGCUCUGAAUGGUUUCUACCAUGGAAGAGUCUACAGAACUAGUUGCAUAGCGUGCUGCUAGUUGUUUAUUCUAUUUAUUGUUGCAUUUGAAGUCUGUACUUCUCACAUUAAUGAGGGUAAGUUAAUUUUUUGGCAUCAGCUGAUUAUAAUGCAAUUGAUAUCUUUACAAUAAUUAUUUCUUCUUUUUUUUUGCGUCAUAUGAAAAAGUUGUUUACUUAUUAUAGCUACUUAUCUAUGUUAACUGGAAAGUAUUGUGAUA